AUGGGCGUCAGCAUCAGCCCCUUGUUUCCUCCUGGAUCAUCUGGGGACAGCAAUGAUGUCAGUACUCAGAUUCUAGAGUUUGCAGCAGGUUUCCUGGCAACAGAGCCUAAUCUUUCCUGGUCGUGUGACAGGAAUCCAGUUUUAGCUGAACUGAAGAGAAAGUUCUGCAACACUGUUAAACCCUGUACAUCAAGCCCUGAACCAGAGGCCUACAGAGAAGGGAGAUUUGGAGUUCAUAUUCAGCUUGGUGGCAAAUGUGUCCUGUGUACCAGCUUGAGCCCUGGUGAUUUAUAUGCACAUUGCAGCUUGAGAAGCACUGCUGGAGAAUGUCUCCUGCUGGUCUUUGAGAUACUAAGGGAGGGCUGUAAGCUGAACUGGCCUAAGGUUUGCAGGUCAGCUGUGGCUUUGCUGACUCAGCUGGGAAUUGGCUGGGCUUGGCUCCAACUUGUGAGAAGAGUUCAGACCAGUUCCACAUGUUUUUCCUUUCCCCUUGGACUAGCAGCUCUGCAAUUCAGGCUCCUCUAUGGCAAAUCACAGGAGUACUAUAGGGCAAGGCAAAACAGGAGACAGGCUUUCUUUAUGGCUCCAAAUUUCAUGAAACGAAAUGAUGCAGAAUAUAUUUAUCUGCAACAGACCGUUGCUUUCCAUUGA